AUGCAGGCCCCGGCUGAGAAGAGCUCCGAUGUGGUCGAGCACAUCGAGGACAGCCACAACCGUGGCGUAUACGCCUACGACGAGGACAGGACCCACAAGAUGAACGAAAAAGACAUUGCUCCCCACGUGGAGGUGUUGUCCGGCGAAGAGGAGAAGCACAUUGAGCACGACCUCGAUGUCACCGGAUACGAGCUUGAGGACCUGGAGUCCAAGUACUCGGACAUGACUCUAAACCGUACCCGUAACAUUAUCCAGCAGCUGUACCUGAUCCACGAGAAUGACCAAAACUUCCCUCGUCCCACUCUCGAGCGUAUGCAAGAGUUUCUCAAGAGCCCUCAGAUCAUGGAAACUCCGGACAAGUACCCGGAACUUGUCCGUGAGAUGAAGAUUGAGGCCAUUCUCGCGACCUCAAACUCUCCGUAUCUCGAGGUCCGGGCCAACGUGGAUCCCACCGAUGACCCGACCAUGCCUUCCCUCACUUUCCGCGUGUUCAUUAUUGGCACCAUUUUUGCGGCCAUUGGUUCCUUUAUCGACACAUUGUUUGGUUUCCGCCAGCCGGCCAUCAGUAUUGGUCCCAACGUCGCUCAGCUUAUUGCUUACCCUUUUGGACGCCUCCUCGCGGCGGCGCUUCCGAGACACGAGUUUAGCACCUUUGGACGCAAAUGGACCAUGAACCCCGGACCCUUCAACAAGAAGGAGCACAUGCUUAUCACCAUCAUGGCGAGCGUGUCGUUUACCGCUCCCUACACGUUCUACAUUGUGCCCGUCCAGGCUAUGCCCAUGUUCUUCAACCAGCCAUUUGCCCGCCAGUUCAGUUACCAGAUCAUCAACACCUUGGGCACCAACUUUGUCGGUUACGGUUUGGCUGGACUGACACGCCGCUUCCUCGUCUUCCCCUCGGUCGCCGUUUGGCCCUCGACGUUCUCGGUCAUUGCCCUAAACAAGGCCUUCCACACGACUACCAACGAGCCCGUCAAGGGUCCGUUUGGCCGCGUGUUCACCGCCUCGCGUGAGAGAAUGUUCCUCUACUCGUUCUUGGCCAUGUUCCUCUACUUUUGGUUCCCUGGCUACAUUUUUCAAGCGAUGUCGGUCUUCAGCUGGAUGACCUGGAUCUCGCCAAACAACGUGGCCCUCUCGGCUGUCACAGGCAUGACCGGCGGUGUAGGCCUCAACCCUUGGCCGACCUUUGACUGGAACAACCUCACCGUCUGGCUCACGCCCCUCACCAUCCCGACCUUCUCCAUCCUUAACAUGUUCUUUGGCAUUCUCAUCGGCGCCGUCAUGUGCAUUGGUGUCUGGUACGGCAAUGGCUGGAACACUGGCUACCUGCCCAUCAACUCCAACUAUGCCUUUGACAACACUGGCGCGUCGUUCAACGUCAGCAAGAUCCUCGACGCCGACAACAACUUUGACGACGCCAAGUACCAGCAGUAUUCGCAGCCUUGGAUGAGUGCUGGCUACGUCGUCUCGUUCAUGUGGUAUUUUGCGCUGUACAGUGCAACUGCCACCUACGUGGCCAUCUACCACCGGCGCGAGAUCAUUGUCGGUGCACGUUCUCUCUGGAAGAGCAUUAAGCGUUCCAUUAAGAAGGGACAUGUCGAGGACGACGAGGACGACCUUGCCGAGGACGUGCACUUCCGCCUCAUGCAGAAGUAUCCCGAGGUGCCUGAAUGGCAAUACCUUAUCGUCCUCCUCAUCUCCAUGGUGUUCGGCUUUGUCGGUGUUGGAGCCUUCCCGACUCAUACUACGCCUGCUGUUUUGGUGUUCGGCAUCAUCAUGCCCAUCAUCGUCAUGAUUCCUUGUGGCCUCGUACAGGCCGUUACCGGUAUCGCUGUACCGCUCAAUGUCCUGGCCGAGUUCAUUGGCGGUGCCCUGAUCGCCGGCAAUGCAAACGCUCUCAUGUACUUCAAAACCUACGGCUAUAUUACCGUCUACCAGGCACUCGCCUUCAGCAACGACCUCAAGCUUGCCCACUACCUCAAGCUGCCUCCGCGCCACACCUUCUCCAUGCAGUUGUGGGCAACUUUGAUCUACUGCUUUGUGUCUAGCGGAAUCCUCAACUUUGCCAUGGGCUUCAAGAAUGCGUGCACCCGCGAUGCUUCGUUCAAGUUUACCUGCCCUGGCCAGCACACGUUCUUCACAUCGGCCGUCUUCUGGGGUACGCUCAGCCCCAAGCGUCUCUUUGGCUCCGGUCUGCGCUACAACUGGAUGCUGUUCGGCUUCCCGCUCGGCGUCAUCGUCGUCCUCAUUUACUGGGGGCUGCGUAAGGCGUUUCCCAAGUCCGAGUUCCUGCGCCAGGUACACCCAGUCAUGAUCUGCGCGGGGCCCUCGACCUGGGGUUCGCCGUACAACCUGGCAUACUACAUCGGCAACGUGUAUGUCGUCCUCCUCUCCUUCCAGUACAUCCGCAAGCGCUACACGGCCUUCUGGGUCAAGUACAACUACGUUAUCGCCGCGUCGUUCCCGACGGGUAUUGCUGUUUGCGCCAUUGUCGUCUUCUUUGCCCUCGAGGUGCCCCACGGCGGGUACAGCGUCAACUGGUGGGGGAACAACGUCCUCAACAAUGGCUGCGAGGGCCAGGGCGGCUGUCCUCGUCUUGAUAUCCCGGCAGUCGGCUACUUUGGCGACGCGCCUGGCUCGGGCAAGUUCACGUAA